AUGAUUGAUGAUGUUUUAAUGAAUCAUGUUCAAACUUAUUUGAUUCAUUCAAAAGCUACUUGGAUAGACGAUAACCUUUUAGAUAUUCUUACUAUUGUUUCUCCCCGUGAUUCUUGUCAAAAAUUACGAGAGUAUUGUCUUGAUGAAAUAAUUUUACGUUGGCUUUCGUGUAGUCGUGGAUCAAAAGAUUGUUUUAUAUUUUCUCUUGGCAUUGAUGCAAAAAAAGCAAAACUUGAAGAAGAUGCGAAAUGCGGUUACAUUUUAUAUGAUCAAGUGGACCUUGCUAUAUAUGAUCAUCCACAAGACGGUCCGUGUUUCGGCUCUGGACCGGAUCUUUAUGCUAAUACUAAACGCGAUCAACCUUUAGGAUAUCGUCAGCAUAGAUGUUAUAAAUCAGGUGUUUUCGAUAGACAAGGCAGUUUUAGGUGGAAGGAUUGGGAG